AUGAGUGGAUCCCAAUGGCGUAUGCUCGGCUCGGAACUCACAGCCCAAGAGAUACCGGUAAGUAUUCUAUUUCGUCUCUGAGUUCUCUCCUGAUGACGGUUUGCGUUUAAUUUGUACGUUGAAAUAACGAGUAUUCACUAAUCUUUACUUAACGUUCUCUCCCACAGACUGAAAUCAAUCAGGACACGGGUAGUGAUGAAGUCAACGAUCUACUGAGCGAUUCGGUAAGUUUUCCAAUAUGUUAUGUCACGAAGUGUAAAAAGUUCACGCAUCAUUUAUGUUGGUUAUGUUAAUAGACUCGACUUGGGUUAGAUUUGCAUUUGAUCUAUUAAACUAGAUCGCGUAUCUUUUGUUAUCCUCGUUAAAGAAACAAAAGGACUCCAAACUCGAUUUGCUUCAACUUUUUGUAGACAGUUGUCAUAUAAUACUCAUCGAAUAUGUUUCCUUGCUUUACAGUUUACAACUGAAGAAAUGCAGGCUGUAAAUGAGAUGGAACGUAUGGCGCUAGACAAGGUAACUCCAUUUCCUUUUUAAUACGCAACGUACAUGAAUUGUUUAGUGAUGAAACAACAUUACGAAUCUCCUUAUUCGUUCAAUGCCCACCUAUUUCUUUAAAAUGAGCGAGAUUUCAAAACCUAAAGUAAUCUGAUUUCUUCUCUUCUUAUCUAGAAUAACAACGAGUCGGCACCGUUAUCAGCGCAAGAUACACGGGAUAAUUUUUUUGAUCAGGUAAGCAUUCAUGAUCAUAAAAUUAUUUUUCUUUCACGGAAUUAAGUUUACACUAUUAAUUGUUCAAUCACUCAUGUGUAUAUUUCUGUUGUUCAUUUUCAGUGGACUGGCGAAACCAGUGAAUUACCCACUUGGAACCCGUCGGAAACCGUAAGUCAUCUUUCAUGUUUACUUGUUUAGAAUACGCUGAAUGCAAACGUUCCCAUUAAAGUUUUUUGAAAAUUAAAUUGUUUAGGCUCACCCAAAAAGACAACAUCAUUCAUUCCUAAGAGUCAGAAGAAAAUAAAAGUUGGCUUACUAUUUAUGAUUUUGAAGGCGUAAAUAGUUUAUUCUCAGUUAUCGAUUCCGCUCUUCACUGAUCAAAUAUUGUCUUCUCCCAAAGUGAAUUCGUUUUUGCGGAUGAAUGCACCCAUAUUGAAAUCUAUUCUAUUGUUUUGUUGAAAAUCAAAACAAAGCAUUUGCUCAAUGUACUAAUAUUCUUCAAUCAUCAAGCCGAGUUGAAGAAAAUAGACAGCGUAUUAUAUAUACUCAAACAGAUAUCAGAGCAAUUUAAGCUAUUUCCACUAAGUAGUUGAUUAUAGCAAUAUAGCAGAGUUAUAAUCACUACGAGCCUCAGCGCUCCGGAAGUUAAAAAAUUCGUACCGUCUGGUUGCUAUGAAGUGACGUAAUCAUCCCGUUGAGUAUCCAUCACCGUAACACUUUUGCGGUCAACUACCGCAGCGCUCGUAAAGUACUUUAAUUAAAACCGUGUCUGUUUAUUUUGGAGUCGAUUAAUGCACUGCUGACUUUCACGAGGCCAACUUUUGCAUAAAUUAUGAAACAUUAUGUUAAGCGGGAAAUCUACCUAUGGUUCGCGGGAGAAGCAACUUCUAUAGCGGCGCAAGACAAAUGUUUCGAGAGUCGAGGAUGUGCUCACAAACUAUUCACUAUGCGACGAAAGGAGAUAUCACUGGCAUGAUACCUGCAUGUAAUGGUAAUUUUUAUCAAUCCAGGUCGCGCCGUGUUCACUCGAGAACGCUGUGACAACUUCGUUUGGCGCGCUUCUCAAUACUUCCAAAACAUGUUGUAAUCGGUAAGUAGACUUAAGCACUUAGUAUCGCCAAGCCAUUCGAAUCAGUGUAUACCCAAUUCUUUGUCUGAAGAUUCGCGCAAACACAUAUACCAAGUACAUCUGGAUGGAAGAGGAAAUUGUCUCCCUAAACGCAGCCAGGUUAUAUUUUGAAGGAUGGCGGCACAAUUCAACGCGUCUUCCAGGUCAGCCCUAAUUUAUAGUUCGUAAGAGUAUAAAUUGCGAUCUCCCUAUUUUCGCUUAAGCUUUCUUUGAUAAAACUUCAGUAGAAACAAAACAACGCAGACAUGACAUUCUCCUGCAUGAGACACAAUCGGCUGAAGGAAAUAUCUGUUUACAAGUCGGGUAAAUUAUCCAUUCUUGCGCACCGCAAAAUCAGCUAAAAUCAGUCGCUGGAAACCUGGCAUAUUAUUAAGCCUGAGCGCUUCUAAGAAUAACACGUUUAGAACUUCGACGAGUAGAAAAAAAAGGCAGUUGUUCUAUAUCCUUUCUGGUUCAUCCAGGUAGAAGUCCUGGCAUAUUAUUAUGCCUGAGCGCUUCUAGGAUAUAUAACACGUUUAGCAUUUCAACCCGUAGCCGUAAAAAACAAUUAGGUAGUUGUUCUAUAACCUUUCUGGCUCACCCAGGUAGAAGUCCUGACAUGAUAUCAUUAUGCCUGAGCGCUUCUAGGAUAUAUAACACGUUUAGCAUUUCAACCCGUAGCCGUAAAAAAAAAUUUAGGCAGUUGUUCUAUAUCCUUUCUGGUUCAUCCAGGUAGAAGUCCUGGCAUGAUAUCAUUAUGCCUGAGCGCUUCUAGGAUAUAUAACACGUUUAGCAUUUCAACCCGUAGCCGUUAAAAAAAAUUUAGGCAGUUGUUCUAUAUCCUUUCUGGUUCAUCCAGGUAGAAGUCCUGGCAUAUUAUUAUGCCUGAGCGCUUCUAGGAUAUAUAACACGUUUAGCAUUUCAACCCGUAGCCGUAAAAAACAAUUAGGUAGUUGUUCUAUAUCCUUUCUGGUUCACCCAGGUAGAAGUCCUGGCAUGAUAUCAUUAUGCCUGAGCGCUUCUAGGAUAUAUAACACGUUUAGCAUUUCAACCCGUAGCCGUAAAAAACAAUUAGGCAGUUGUUCUAUAUCCUUUCUGGUUCAUCCAGGUAGAAGUCCUGGCAUGAUAUCAUUAUGCCUGAGCGCUUCUAGGAUAUAUAACACGUUUAGCAUUUCGACCCGUAGCCGUAAAAUAAAAUUUAGGCAGUUGUUCUAUAUCCUUUCUGGUUCAUCCAGGUAGAAGUCCUGGCAUGAUAUCAUUAUGCCUGAGCGCUUCUAGGAUUUAUAACACGUUUAGCAUUUCGACCCGUAGCCGUAAAAAAAAAUUUAGGCAGUUGUUCUAUAUCCUUUCUGGUUCAUCCAGGUAGAAGUCCUGGCAUAUUAUUAUGCCUGAGCGCUUCUAGGAUAUAUAACACGUUUAGCAUUUCAACCCGUAGCCGUAAAAAACAAUUAGGCAGUUGUUCUAUAUCCUUUCUGGUUCACCCAGGUAGAAGUCCUGGCAUGAUAUCAUUAUGCCUGAGCGCUUCUAGGAUAUAUAACAAGUUUAGCAUUUCGACCCGUAGCUGUAAAAAAAAUUUAGGCAGUUGUUCUAUAUCCUUUCUGGUUCAUCCAGGUAGAAGUCCUGGCAUGAUAUCAUUAUGCCUGAGCGCUUCUAGGAUAUAUAACACGUUUAGCAUUUCAACCCGUAGCCGUAAAAAAAAAUUUAGGCAGUUGUUCUAUAUCCUUUCUGGUUCAUCCAGGUAGAAGUCCUGGCAUAUUAUUAUGCCUGAGCGCUUCUAGGAUAUAUAACACGUUUAGCAUUUAAACCCGUAGCCGUAAAAAACAAUUAGGUAGUUGUUCUAUAUCCUUUCUGGUUCACCCAGGUAGAAGUCCUGGCAUGAUAUCAUUAUGCCUGAGCGCUUCUAGGAUAUAUAACACGUUUAGCAUUUCGACCCGUAGCCGUAAAAAGAAAAAAAGAUAGGUAGUUGUUCUAUAUCCUUUCUGGUUCAUCCAGGUAGAAGUCCUGGCAUAUUAUUAUGCCUGAGCGUCAGGAAUCAUUCGUCGCGGUUUACACGGCCCUUUCUCGAAAUUAUUCUUUAGAUGCAGUUACAAUUAGGUAGUUGUUCUAUAUCCUUUCUGGUUCACCCAGGUAGAAGUCCUGGCAUGAUAUCAUUAUGCCUGAGCGCUUCUAGGAUAUAUAACACGUUUAGCAUUUCAACCCGUAGCCGUAAAAAACAAUUAGGUAGUUGUUCUAUAUCCUUUCUGGUUCACCCAGGUAGAAGUCCUGGCAUGAUAUCAUUAUGCCUGAGCGCUUCUAGGAUAUAUAACACGUUUAGCAUUUAAACCCGUAGCCGUAAAAAACAAUUAGGUAGUUGUUCUAUAUCCUUUCUGGUUCACCCAGGUAGAAGUCCUGGCAUGAUAUCAUUAUGCCUGAGCGCUUCUAGGAUAUAUAACACGUUUAGCAUUUCGACCCGUAGCCGUAAAAAGAAAAAAAGAUAGGUAGUUGUUCUAUAUCCUUUCUGGUUCAUCCAGGUAGAAGUCCUGGCAUAUUAUUAUGCCUGAGCGUCAGGAAUCAUUCGUCGCGGUUUACACGGCCCUUUCUCGAAAUUAUUCUUUAGAUGCAGUUACAGUUAGGUAGUUGUUCUAUAUCCUUUCUGGUUCACCCAGGUAGAAGUCCUGGCAUGAUAUCAUUAUGCCUGAGCGCUUCUAGGAUAUAUAACACGUUUAGCAUUUCGACCCGUAGCCGUAAAAAGAAAAAAAGAUAGGUAGUUGUUCUAUAUCCUUUCUGGUUCAUCCAGGUAGAAGUCCUGGCAUAUUGUUAUGCCUGAGCGCUUCUGGGAUAUAUAGUAGCAGUUUGACCCGUAGAAAAAACAAACUCAGCCGUUCAUUUUGUAGGAGAUAUUUAAGCGUUUUUGUCUGUGUUAGCAAUGUGAUCGACUUUAUACGCAGACCUUAAUAAUAUGCUUUUUUCUUUGACGGCACUGAAUAAUUUUAGCCGAAACUUGAGCCGUACAUUUGUUGAAUGCCGCGCUUUAAUUAAAUUUCUCGCCCUAGAAUGAUGACAUGAUGGCGCGAAAAUUGACGCCUCUGUCGUAUUAGAUGGGAAAUAUGAUCAGAGAUAAAUGGAAUAGUGAAUGUUACAAGCUUCUGAGUAUCCAGCUGAGAUAGGGGACUUUUAGUCCCCUAUCUCAGCUUGAUAAACAAAAUUUUUUUGGUUGCUAAGACGGUGCGGCUCGUUAUGUUACCCGCGCGCUUAUCUCUAAAAGUCAAUUAUGUCGUGGAUCGACACAUAAAAUUUAAAUUUAUUCUGUUGAUUCAACAUCAAAAACAAACCAUCUACCCAGUUGCUGAGACGCUCAUUGUAGACAAAUAGAGUUUAUCAGAGUUUCUUGUUAGUUGAGCUUUACACUAAGACCAGGUCAUAUUUACUAAUUAUAGGAAAUUCAAUCCGGGGAUGGUCAGCCUCCACCAGCCAAAAAGCCUCGUAAAGAAUAUCGUUGUGACACUUGUGGCAAGACCUUCUCUCGUUCAGGAAAUCUUAAAACCCAUGUACGAACCCAUACUGGUGAGAAACCGUACGAAUGCAACCGCUGUGAUAACAAGUUUGCUGACAAGUCGGCUCUCAAUCGUCACCUGAAAGCGCACGACAAACAAGCUGCCGAACGGACGUUUACUUGCGCAACCUGUGGCGAAACCUUUCACAACCGCGCCCCCUACAACGCUCAUAUUCGCACCGCUCAUCAACAACCCGCCGCUGCAACUAGAAAACGCACUGCUCCAAAAACUACAGAUGCUCCGUCCGCGAAAAGAUCUAAGAGGUCGGACCAAGCAAGUGCGAGAACAGCGUCAGAACAACCAACUCCCACUCAAGCAUCUGCUGCUGGUUCCAGUUGGGAAGCGGAUCCCGUGCUUAUUCCCGCCAACCUUGUUCCUGCUACAGAACAGAAUAUAGCAGAAACGUACAGACAACACUGGCCUCAAAUCCGGACCCGAUUUAGUCGCCGUAACCGUUUACAAGAUUGGUAUAAUUUCCGCCUGUCCACGAUCAGUCCCACCGCUCUCCGCGAACAACUGAGGAGGAUCUUUACUGACCAGCCUACUGUGUUUAAAGUGAACUUUUCCUUUGGUUUUAUUCUCCGUAAUACAGAAACUGGCGUCCUCCAGUACCACCACCCUUCUGCGAACAACCAUUUGGUGCUAGAACAACCGUUCCUGAUUUCAAGUCCAGACGAUUUAGAGCGCCUAUAUCAGCAGAUAGCGGAGAUCGAUUUCCUGGAGUGGGUGCGGCAGCAGCGACCUAACAGUAAAUGGGUGGUGGAUCUCAUCACGAAUGUGACCUGGUUUGUUUGGAAGAUCAGGGAUCACCCGAUCGGCCGUGGCAAAUAUCUACCAGGUUAUAUCGCCGACAACUACGGUCUUGACGCGCUGGAAAAUAAUGUGAAAACCGGUAAACCCUACGAAGAUAAUCUGUGUUUCUUCCGCUGUCUGGCUCUCCACAAUGGUUGCCACACGAGGAAUUUAGAAAGAGAUACCAAGUACUAUUACCAACAGUACCGAGACGCGGAGUUAGGAAAAAAGAAGUUCCAUGGUGUCAAGAUAAGUGAACUGGACGACCUAGAAAAAUUGUAUGAAGUGAAUAUUCAAGUAUACAGUCUCGCGCCUACUCAGAGCCACAGUGAAGACGAAGACAAUGAAGAAAAUACUCCCGAGAUUGCCGCCACCCUGCUUCGCCGCUCUCACCGCCACUACUCCAGCACGCUUUACUUGAACUUGUACGAAAACCAUUUCUCGUAUAUUAAAGACCUGGCCCGGUACAGUAAAUCCUUCUGCUGUUCUCGCUGCGGCAAGUACUGGAAAGAUAUGUGGAAAUGUCAGCGUCAUGAGAAAACCUGUGACGGUAAAGUCCAGCUCAAGUAUCCUGGCGGCGCGUAUCAUGUCCCUAAAACUAUCUUUGAAGAAUUAGAAGACGAAGGUAUUGUCGUACCAGAAGAAUGGCGGUACUUCCCUUAA